GACUGUUGGGGCGGUUGCUAGGGAGGAUGGCGGUGAUGUUACCGCACAUGGCAGAGGCUGCAGGUUUGCGCGUUCGAGGCUGCGGGGCCGCCCUCAGAGAGGAACCAAAUGAUUUCCUUAGCAACAGCCGCAGAAGCAACGCUACACACAACCUUAGCUUCCCAAGCCGUGGUAGCUUACAGAAUCUUCUUGGAGACAACAAAAAGAGAUCAGGGCUGGUUCAGGAAGAAGGUGAAUUCUCAUUUCAUCACGGCAAUGAGAUUCCCAGCAUUGAUUCCUUGGAAGAAAGCUUGCGAAAACUUCAGGUGCAAGCAGACAGCCUGGCCUCUACUCUGAGCUCAGGAGAGGAAGGUGUGCUUGAUUCGAGACCCUUUAGCUCAAGGUGGCCGGUGGCUCCUGGUGGAAGCUAUGAGGAACCGGGCCUUGGAGGGCCACCAAAGACACCAGCAGAGUCUGAGUGGUUCCUGAAGCCAAGACACCUGCUCAGACCUGUAGGAGAUUAUUCAGUGUUGACACACCUGGGCCUUCCAACGUUUUCCGUCGCCCCAGUGAACCGGGUAGCGGGGCUGCUGGGAAGUGAGAUCGCAGGUCAGAACUCUUCACCCUCGGUGGAUCUUGCUUUCCCACCGAAAAUUGGGGCCCCUCAUGUCAUUGGCGUCAAGGCCUUGCUGCCCCCAAAGAUCCCCGUCAAGGCUCGCUUGCCGGAAAGGGCGACUUUCUCCCUCGACAGAGGCCGUUCUCUGAGCCUCCAUCGCGCUAGGGCUGCCCUCUCUCAGUCCGUCUCUCCGGCGGCCAAACGGACCCGAUCCCGGUCUCAGUCACCGAGGCCUGUCUGGAGACCCAGCUCAGCCAAAGCCAACGCCUGUGCCCAGCCUCCACCGGAGGUCGGAAAGGCUGGGACCAUCAGGAAGAAUGGCGGAUCGAGCCGGCAGUCACGGUCCAGGAUAUACAGCCCAGGAACACUGGCUGCCAGGUCUUGGGCACCCGCCAGGACAACUGGAAGGGGAGGAACCGACAAAUUUUGGAGCCCAUACAGUUUGCCUUCUACUGCCAUCUCCUCACCGACAUCCCAGGAGAUCAAUGAACGCUUCCUUCAGAUUCUUGCUGAAGGUGCCACAGGCAGUUCCCUGAUCGAAAUAUCACCAUACCAGCAAGAGCUGGCUCGUCUCUGGCUAGAGCGGCUGCGGGUGGAAGAGGCAUGGUUGCUGGAGCUGAAGAGGCAGCAGGAGCUGGAACGGACGCGCGGCCCCAAACCCAAGUGGUACGAAAUGAGAACCUCACAGUUCCACUAUGAAGCCCACAAGAAUAAUGAACUGUUGAGACACAGCCAAGAGAUACAGUCUGUCCAGGACUACAGGCAGGAGCUAGCGACGGCCUCCGAGGAGUUCCGGCGGCAGCCCCGGUCGAGCCACCUGGGCACCCACCAGUGAAGGUCUAUGAAGGAGGUCUGUGUGAACCUGUCCAAUGUGGAUCGCUUUCCUGCCCUCUGGGAGCAGCUGGUAUGAUUCUGUACAGGCUGUGAUGGACCAAGCAAGGAUUGGGAAUGGAGCCGGAGCGCAGACUCAUGUUGGAACUGGGAAUCUGAAAAAAAUCCAGGGCCUAUGGAUGCUAAGCUAAGCAGCGGGUGUUUCAUGUUGGACUCAGUUCAGGAAAAUAUUCUUGGUUCAGAAGACAAAAAUAGGCUGAGUACACACUGAAGGUUUCUAUUCUUAAAUUUUUAUAAAUUGUUUCCUUAUUCUGUUCUCUGGCCUAAUUCUUUCUCUCUUGCAGGAAUGGGUGGGUGGGGGAAUCGGUUAACUCUUAGGAUUUCAGGGAGAAGAGCUCUCCCCAAUGCACUAGAUUUCUACUUGCGGUGACUUCAACCAGAUGAAUGCACAUUCAUUCUUUCAGCAGAGUUCUGAGAAGUGAUCUGAAUUGGCCACAACAUUCUUCUGAAGGCAUAAUUUGGUUCUGGAAACUAGGAAAAAUUCCUGAAGCUACCUGCGUUUUUCACUUAGUAGGACUUCUAAGAAAAUUGAGUAAGGGUGUACUGCUUAAAUGGUCACUUUAGAAGGAAGAAGGACUGAAGGAUGUAGGGUGUUCAUUAUUUAGGAAGUUUGACUUAUGUCCAGCUUUGAAUUUAAGUUGCCUGCACAGGUGAGCAGGAAUCCCAUCCAGGUGAGCAACACGUUGGUGGAGAAAGCUUGGUUUUGCUGUACUGCAUCCACCAGUCUAUUUAAUUCCCAAGUGGGUCACAGAAGCAAGGACAACUGUCUGGAAGCCACGUCUUUCUUCUGCUAGCCUGCUUGGUACAUUUUUUAAAAAAACUAGCCUGCAAAGAGUUCUAGCAGUCUGUGUAUUCCCACUGGCUGUAAAGGAGGGGGGCCCUUCAGCAGGCUCGUAAAAACAAUGGCAGACAUAGAUUUUGUGGGCUUAUGUACAAAGCUGCCUUCAAAACAGGUGCUUUAUCACCGAGUUCCAAAAAAGCCCCUGCAUCUAGAAAGCUAGCCUAAAAGGGUCGAGUGCUCUGGCCUAGAUUUCCUGAGAUGCUUGUUUUCCAUGGGCAAGGAUGACAUUCUGUAUAUCUGCAAGGAGAAGCACUCCGUCAUGUGAGCCUGUCCCUACAGACUGAAGAGGUACAGCCCAGGUUGGUGCCUUCUGUGAGAUCAAAGACAAUGUGAAAGCUGUUAAGUACUCUGCAGGCCUCCAGACCUCAGCAAACAGCCUCUCUUUCAGCAGUCGUCCUUUGCAAUACAAUUUGAUUAAAACACUCAGUAUCUUCUGGGCCUCUUGGGAAGAUUUUUUUUAAAGCCAAUUAGGGAGCUGCUGUAAAGGCAAAUUGAUUGCUUCAUUCUGCAAAGGCCCCGCGGUGCUUCUUUUGUAAACAAUGAAUGCUAUCGCAUUAACCACGCUGUCCUGCCUGGGAGCAAGUCCCACCGGACGCAAUGCAAUUUGUUUCUGGAGUAGGCAUAGGCAGAGUAUUCUCUUAAUUGCCCCAUGGCAUUGUUGGGCACUGAAAAGAUCUUGACCCUGGUCCAGGGAGCUUGAUCCAUUUCCAGCAACAACAUACAGCGGCUGCCUGCAGUUUGGGGGCACAGCCCCAAAUAUCUAGGAUUCUGCUCCUUCUGAGACCUUGCCCAGUUCAUGUCCAGUUAUACAAAGAAUCAGUUUAGCAGAUGAUGCGAAAAACCUCGGACUGGACACCAUGGUGAGUUGCCGCUGAGAGAAAGGGACCAGCGGGAGAAGUUGUCCUAUUUGCUCAUAUGAAACUGGCUCCCCCUGUAAACACACAGCCUGCCAUCGGAAGUAGAAGAGCCCAGGAAGUGGUGGUCUUACUGGCUAUGAAAGCAAGACUAGGAGACUUAGAGUGUGGUGUAGUGGUUAGAGCAAUGGAUUUGCUUUGCCAUCCCCUCCUUUUGAACAGUUACAUGGCAGGCAGCUAAAACAUGGUUCUAUCCAUGCUGGGAAAAGUAGUGCCCAUUGAAUUCAGCACAUGGGUAAGGAUCCUGUU